GGAGACAUAGGACGACGAACAUCCGUUUCCAAUGUCAAGAAGCUCUUAUCCCUGCAGAGCAACAGUGGAUGUUCGACGAGACCGGCUUCAAAGGCCCGGAUGUUUGGAAUAAAACAUGGUAUCCAAAGGCUAUUGAUCAUGUGAACACAGAAAAGCCAUGGUAUAUUGUUGAUGCUGCUGAAAAGAAACUGGGAAGAUUGGCUUCGACUAUAGCUAAUUAUAUUCGAGGAAAGAACCUGGCAACAUAUACUCCUAGUGUGGAUAUGGGUGCUUUUGUUGUUGUGGUCAAUGCUGAAAAAGUAGCAGUAACUGGAAAGAAGAGGACACAGAAGAUUUACAGAAGGCAUUCGGGGAGACCGGGUGGUAUGAAAGAGGAGACCUUUGACCAACUGCAGAAAAGGAUCCCUGAAAGGAUCAUUGAGCAUGCAGUGCGAGGGAUGCUUCCCAAAGGAAGGCUGGGCAGACACUUAUUUAACCAUCUUAAGGUGUAUAAAGGAGCAGAGCAUCCUCACCAGGCACAGAAACCAAUUGAUUUGCCGAUACGUGACAAGAGGAUCAAUAUGUUGACUUAAGAGCGAAUGGAUACUGACAUUGUAUUUUUUAUCUUUUUAACAGCGAAUGAAUGCUGGUUUCUUUGAAUCUGCAAUAGUUUCAGUUGUAAUGCUAUGAAAAACACUGCCUGGUCUGACGGGCAGGUGACUAGUCAGCAUA